CUUUCUUUAACUUUAUCACGCAUUUUGUCACAUACGUACCAUCGAUUUUGCCCCUCCCUAUCAUGUUCUAUCCCUGAAAAACCAAAAACCUUAAGAUAAGUGACAAAAUCAGAACAGAGACCUGAAGGAAGAGUGACAACAUGAAUUUCUCAGAGGAGUACUUUGAGGAUUAUUAUGACAUGUUCAUUGAAACUGAUGAAUCAGAGCAGGUAAAUCAGUCCAUACGGGUGGUGUCCAUGGUCAUCUACAGCAUAACCUGUGUCCUCGGUAUCCCAGGAAACGCCUUUGUCAUCUGGAUAGCUGGAGUGAAGAUGAAGAGGACAGUCAACACUGUCUGGUUUGUAAACCUGGCUGUAGCAGACCUCCUCUGCUGUAUCUCCAUACCCUUCUCAUUGGUUGAAGUCAUACUGAACCAACACUGGCCAUUCGGAGAGACUAUGUGUAAGGUUAUCCCCUCUGUCAUGUAUCUCAACAUGUUUGCCAGCGUCUUCACCCUGGUUCUCAUCAGCCUGGACCGCUUUGUCCUGGUCAUACUGCCUGUCUUGGCCCAGAACCACAGGAGCAUCGGCCUGGCCUGGUUGCUGUGUGGUCUGGCCUGGGUCCUGGCCUUGCUCCUCAGCCUCCCCACCAUGAUUCAUAAUGGGACCAUCGAUAGUGUCGACAAUGACGAAAUUAUUAUGUGCACCUCUGUACACCCCCUUGGCGAAAAAAACAUUAGGGGCUUCUUUUUGGCCAUCAAAGCCACCCAUGUUCCCAGGCUGGUCCUCGGCUUCCUCGUUCCCCUGACGGUCAUCGCUGUCUGCUACCUGCUCAUCGGCAGGAGGGUGAGCAGCGCUCGCUUCAAGUCUCAGAGGACCUUCUGGCUCAUUCUGGCUGUGGUGGCAGCAUUCUUUGUGUGCUGGCUGCCUUAUCACAUCAUAGGUAUGGUGAUUGGGUAUGGCAGGUUUGCCUCGGCAGGUGAAGCCUGGAAUUGGUACCCCCUGGCCAUCUCUCUGGCUUACGUCAACAGCUGCCUCAACCCUGUCCUGUAUGUGUUUAUGGGCCAGGACUUCAAGGAUAGGGUCAGGGUCUCUUUCCGUAAAGUAUUUGAGAAUGUCUUCAGUGAGGAUGCCAUAACACACACAUCUGUGUCUCAGGUCUGAGUCCGAAAUGUCUGAUAACUCUCCUGGGUCGUAUUCAUAAACAGCAUACUUAAGUUAUAGAUAAUGCCAAGAGUGUGCAAAGCUGUCAUCAAGGCAAAGGGUGGCUACUUUGAAGAAUCUCAAUAUAAAAUAUAUUUGUUUAACACUUUUUUUGGCUACUACAUGAUUCCAUCUGUGUUAUUUCAUAGUUUUGAUGUCUUCACUAUUAUUCUACAAUAUAGAACAAAUUUAAAAUAAAGAAAAAGAAAAACCCUUGAACGAGUAGGUGUGUCCAAACUUUUGACUGGUACUGUAUAUUCUUUAUUAUUGGUGUGUAGAAAAGGAACUGUGAGCCAAUGUCUAGAUUACUCUAAUCAAGGCAUUCCAAGUAAAAAAAAUAUGUUUUUACAGCCAUCCACCACUUACACAUUCAUCUCAUGCUUACUGUAAUAUCUGUCAUUUUCAAAAAUAAACAGUCUGAAGAUCAA